AUGUCUGCCAGCCCAUCUCCAUCCGCUAGUGGCGAUAACCAGCAGACCGAUCAGAUCCAUUUCAAGUUCUGUCGCGAAUGUUCCAACUUGCUCUACCCGAAAGAAGACCGCAUCAACAAUCGCUUAAUGUUCACCUGCCGAACCUGCCAUGUCGGCGAACCUGCGACUUCAUAUUGUGUUUACCAAAAUAAGCUCAGCAGCCAAGUCGGCGACACUGCUGGUGUGACUCAGGACGUUGGAAAUGAUCCCACGGUUUGUCUCUCCGGCUUUUGUCUACUUUGCGGCGACCAGAUUGCUUGUUUCGUCUGCGGAUCGGCAUCCUAA